AUGUCUAAAUACUAUGAAACCAACAAAGCACAAGCCGUCCGUAUCGGUAAUGGGCUCUCUUCUCUUCCAAAAGAACAAUUACCAGACAUCAUAAAUAGCAUGGAUGAACACCCUCUAGAUAUCAUCUUCGAUAUUCUUUCAAGAUUACCGGUAACCUCGCUAUUGCGAUUCAGGUGUGUAUCUAAACCAUGGUGCAAUAUCAUUGAUCAGCCACGCUUUGCUCGAAUGCAAAUAACACGAUCUGCUGAAGAACCUACAUUAAUAUUUGUUUCCAAACCAACGGACAGAAAAUCCACAUUGUGUUUGUAUUCAGUCAAAGAAAAGAAAGGGACUUUACAAACAAGUGAGAAUCGUCUUGUAGAGUUCGAUUUAUAUAGACAUCACGCUGAGGGUUCUUGCAAUGGACUGUUUUACGUAGCAGGAUAUUGCAGUGACGGGUCUAUUGAUAUUAUUGUGUCAAAUCCUCUUAAAAGAGAGCCACGCUUUGCUCGAAUGCAAAUAACACGAUCUGCUGAAGAACCUACAUUAAUAUUUGUUUCCAAACCAACGCACAGAAAAUCCACAUUGUGUUUGUAUUCAGCCAAAGAAAAGAAAGGGACUUUACAAACAAGUGAGAAUCGUCUUGUAGAGUUCGAUUUAUAUAGACAUCACGCUGAAGGUUCUUGCAAUGGACUGUUUUACGUAGCAGGAUAUUGCAGUGACGGAUCUAUUGAUAUUAUUGUGUCAAAUCCUCUUAAAAGAGAGGUUCAAAGGCUUCCACCGGCACCGGUGAAAUCUCAGCACCCCGGUGUGCCAUUUUCGAAUGGAUAUGGAAUGGGUUUUGAUGUUUCAACCAAUACCUUCAAGUUGGUUUGUGUUUUCUUUCUGGAAAGCAACUUUGAACCAUCAACUUAUAGAUUUGGCACACUAGUGCACACAUUGGGAACAAGCUCAUGGAGAGAAAUAUCUCAAGUUACCCCUUAUCCUCUAUCUGAUAAGCCUGUAUUUGUGCAUGGAGCUUUGCACUGGAUUAUUCACCCUUACUUACUCUACGACACUCCAGAGGCCAUCAUCGUUUCUUUUGAACUUGGGAAAGAGGAAUUUAGCCUGAUUUCCCACCCCAAUUAUUAUUCAAAUUUUUUAAAUAUUUUUCAGUUGGUUGAUUUGAAUUGCAAUUUGGGUGUGGCUGAUCUCUCGUGUAACUCAAAAAUUGAGAUAUGGGUGAUGAAGGAUUACGAGAGAAAGCAGUGGGUCAAAGAAUCUAGUAUCGAGAUAUGUGGUCCGGCGAGGAUACUUGACAAUAGACACAUUGAAGUUAUAGGUCUCUGGAAGCAUGGUGACAUAUUGAUGAGAUUUUCCUGUCAAGGGUUUUUCAUCUACAAUCAGAAUACUGGCCUAAGGCCAACCAACAGCUCGAUUGCUCUUCUAUUUCAAUCAGGUAUUUCUAGUCACAGGGGGAGCUUGAUCUCGGUGUCCAAGUUUAUGACAGUUUAA